UGUGCACCCGUGGACACGUACUCGUACAAUUUCCUCCUGACGAAAGUAAACACCUGUUCGAAGCAGGGCCAGGAAGGCGCCUCGGUUGGUCGUCGAUUCCCCCUACCUAACAAUGGUGAACCGACUUCCCGAGUGCCGCUCUACCGCGCACUUUGCUCGUCCGCGUUUCGUAGUGGCGAGUCCUGCUGGCUGAAAGCGGACAGGUGCGUCCUAUAGGUUCCUUCGUUGACGAGGUGCACGGGCGUGGGGAUCACGAAAAGAAAGAAAACGGAGGAACAGUCGGUUAUAAGGACUCGUCUGCCACGGGAACGCGUAAAAUAAAUAUUCAGGGUGCUUGUCGAUGGUGUCAGGGUUGCUCUGCGCGAUGGGAGCGUCGAAGAAGGGGUUCGUCGCGAGGAAAGGCGGGAAGUGUUCGUUGGAGAAGUUUGAUCGUUGCUGAUGUCGACGAUAGUUUCGUGAUCGAGUUGAGUGAAUGGUGACGAUUUAAGAGGAAUAUUCAGUGGUUGUUGAUACGUGACAAGGACUUGGGGGAACGAGGAGGAACUGGAAGAUCGGAGUGCUCUGGAGAUCAUCGUAUGCUUCUUGUGAUGCAUCUGCCGGUGCUGGGACCGGUGAAGGAUGUCCUUGGAUCGCCAUGAGACCCAACAUUCUGAGGAUCCUGCCAAUCCUGUGCUGCACGGCGCAUUUACACGGCCAAUUGAUCCGUGACGCGCGAUGCUUCCUGGAGAACGGUGCCACCGCUGCGCAUCUCUUCGUCAGCGAAGACCUGCCUGUCGGUGACACCGCGGGCGUUCUGGGGGUCUUAGGUGACCCUGGACCUCAAGGGGACAUCGAGCUCAGGCUCCAGGAGAUCGACAGUCCUGUGACAUUUGCAGCGUACUCGAAGAACCUGAGUCUGAUCAGACCUUUGGACAAGGAGGGCGUUGAUGGACCAGCUAGUGUCUACGUGAACGUCAUCUGCGAGAGGAAACACACCUUGGACCCUGGGUUCGUCAUACCGGUUAAUAUUCGCGUGACUGACGCCAACGACAAUGCCCCGCAGUUCGUGAAUGCGCCUUACGUGCUCAACAUCUCAGAGGUCACUGUAGUUGGUACGAGGGUGCUUCAAGGAGUAAGGGCAGUGGAUGCUGAUCAGCCAGGACCUUUUUCUACCGUACAGUAUGCCGUCCUUCCAGGACCUCAUUCGGACUAUUUCGUCUUCGUGAACGCUUUAGAAGGUACUCUGGUUUUGAGAAAGCCAUUGGAUUACGAAAUCCUUGCUAAUUUCUCCGUCAAUAUCCGAGCACAAGAUCAGGGUAACCCGCCCAAAUCAUCAACCACAACCCUCCACGUGAACGUGAUCGACGCCGAUGAUCAGAAUCCUGCCUUCCAAACCGACCAAUACAAAAUUGUCGUGCCUCGACAGAUAAAAACGGUACAACUGAGGAGGGUAUUAAAAGUGGAUCCAGCUCCGAUAAAGGCUGUGGAUCAAGACGUGGGCAUCAACGCUCCAGUUAAAUACACGAUCCAAGGCGGAAUUCUGCCAUUCCUCACCCUGAACCCUGAAACCGCCGAGGUCGCCAUAACGCGUCCUCUGUACGAGCACGAACUCCUAUCUCCAGCGACAAUCGUCGUAAAGGCUACACAGGUGGAUAAUCCAGACAAAUACGCUCUUUCAACGAUAGUCGUUUCACGCGAGAGCGACUGGAACGUGGAACCCACCGCAGGUGGAAGAUUGCCUGUCAGAUUCGUACGACGAGAUCAUCAGACGAGCAUCCCUGAAAACACACCACCUGGGAGCGUUUUAUUAACGACAGGCGUGAACAAAGUGGAUUCCAAUUUAAGGUUUUGGCUGGUUGGGGCGAUCGAAGAUCUGGAGAGAUUCUCCAUCACCAAUUCUGGCGAACUGAUCUUGAAGGGCACCUUGGAUUACGAGAGGAGGGUCCAGCACAGCUUCCUGGUCCGCGUCACUGAUGGCCAUCAUAACGACACGUCGCGAGUGAAUGUCUCCGUCGAGGAUGUAAACGAAUGGGAACCCCGAUUUCGACAUCCCAGAUACGAAUUUCACGCUGCAACCUUGAAGGAGGGAUCCAUUGUUGGGAAAUUGGAGGCUGCUGAUGGGGACAGGGACGACAAGGUCAGUUUGUCCCUCAGGGGCCCCGAUGCAAGGUCUUUCGAGAUACGUGACAGUGGGGAGUUGAUCCUUAGAUCAUCAGCGAGUAUCAAUGGGACCUUGGCGCGAUUGGUAGCAGUGGCUUCCGACUCAGGACGUCCUCCAAGAUCGAGCAUGAUCCCAGUGAUCGUGCACAUACCCAACAGUGGCUCACUACCGGUCGCUGCCAGAGCUGCACCUGCUUGGCUAGGCAGCAGCGUCCUCCUGGUCGCUGUCUUCGGUGCAGUCUUGGGUCUCCUCGGGGUCAUUAUACUUGUGUUAAUUUUGUACAUAUAUAAACAUAAGAGACCAAAAGCCAGCGGAUCUGUAAGCUCUGUUGGAACUGGGUACCGCGAGAAAUCGCCUAUUCCCUCUGCCCUGAGCUCGACUCCUCAGGUCCUCGGGGCAAAUAUGCUCCAAGACACCCUGGAAGCCUCCUGCAGGGGCAAUCGUUCCGAGGGCGCGCACAGCAUCGACGAAAACGACGAGGAGGCUGACGGAAACGAUCCUAACGACGACGAUCACGUCGACCAAGCAAACGUCGAUGAUAGCAAUCACGGAGAAAUGAGAGAGACGACUAACGACGGCGAGGACAUCGACAAUCCUGUCUUCGGGGCAAGGAACUCUUACAGUGCCACGAUUAAAAGUUUAUCGUCGGCUAGACAAGUGCCUUUGUAUGCGAGGCAUAAAGUAGCUCCAGCUCCAAAUCCUCCGGGUUUAUCAGCCACGUCGAACAUCCCCAACAUCGGGGGGUUGGUCCAGAACAUGAACGACCUGAGCGCGAAGACUAAUUUUAACACAGGCUCUCGCGAAUCUUCCAGUUACUCCGCGGAUCUUCCAGACUCGUUGGUGCCUGCCUGGCCUGCUUGCUCUGUCUCUCAGAGGGUCAAGAAACUGUCCUGGGACGACGACGAUAGGACAGUGGACAGCGUCGAAGUAGCUGCUGAAACGAGAUCCAGAAACAGCCAAUCGGGGACUGAACGACUCAAUCUCACCGUCUACUUCUAAUUUAUGCGCGAAACGAAAGACUGAAGAACGAUUCACUCGUGCAUAGCUGCCUUGCGCUACACCGGAGUUUCCCAAACUGUUUUUGAUAAUGGCACACUUUUUAUCGCAGUACAUAUUUUAAUUAGACUUAUUGAUUAUAGUAAUUAUGACCGUAAUACAAGUUACAAUUAGACUGAGGAUUUUAUGAAUUUAUUUCGUACAGUAAUAUAGAAAACAUACGAAAAAUAUACAUGAUGUAUGUUAAAUAUAAUCUAUUAAUUCAUAUAAUAAUUUAAUGAGUGUACAUACGAUGUAUGGCAUGUAUUUGUCGUAUUAGCUUGUGUGAUAAAUACGUAAAAUUCGCAGUCCAGUUGUAACUUUAAAGAAAAACAGUUUGGGAGGCACCAUUGUCAUUGCCAGACUCUAAAUAAAUUUUUAACACUAUGUACAUAUCAAAUGUAUAGUUGUUUACACGAUAGUUGUUUCAUUAAAAACGUGCAGAGAAUCAAACAGCUCGCAGUAUUUCAAUCCCUUCGUCUGGACUACAGUCGACGCAAAUUCUUCUCAGUCAAAGGGUUAAGGAGACGAUGAGUUCCGUUCUACAGAGAGAUUUGUUUA